UCCUAUCCAUCAAACUCAUAGGUAAUGUCAAAAUCAUUUAAACGUCAAAGUUGCUUCGCAGAUCGCAGUGCUUUUUGAGUUUGGAAUAUCUGUAGUUUUUUCUGUGCGUAUUUCGCAUGUGUUAAUUAUAUGGCGAUACUCAAGUUCCUGCAAAGGAACCUGGUGAGCAUCUCAUUCCCCACUCUUACUGCGACCCUCAUUUGGCUGGACUACAGUCACACCAGGAAGUGGAAAGCCUUGCAGAAACAAAACUAAAAUGGCAUUAUUUGGUAUCACAACCCGCUACAUCUGGGUUGCAGUCCCAUUAACCGGCUUCUUCAUUGGCAAGUAUGUGGACGACCAGGAGACGUUGAGAAUGACAAACUACAGGGACAAGUCUUGUUUGUAUGGCGCCAACAAAAAAGAAUGUGACCCACCAUCCUGGCCCUGAACUACAUCUCAGAAAUAUGUAGCUUAAUGUUUAUGUAUCAAAUAUAGUGUGAUUAAAGUAA